UCAUUGUCUUGAUACAGGUACGGAAAAAUAGCAUUCAAGUGUCCAUAAACAAUGAUUAUGAUGAAAAACAGAGCUAGAUCAUCACUCUAUCGUCCAGGACCUCCAUGUUCGUUUCAGCCAUAUCAAUUCUCUCAAAAGCAGGCGCAGCAGGGUAGGCAAAUGCCCCCAUCCAAUCUGCGCCAUCUGCAAUUCCACUUCACGGGCCAGGAUCGAGUGUCGAUAUGAUAACUUAUGAUCGCCAAUUUAGUUUGAGACAUGAGACCGAAGCAAACAGGUCGAGAAUCUAGCAAGAAGUGGGGUUUUGGUUGGCUAAAUGAGAUGGGGGCAAGUUGAAACUAGUCCAAUAGCAAGGUGCCAUCUGCUCCCCAAAUUUAGCAAAUAUUGAAGAAACCCCUGAAAUCGUGCACCCACGAUUGCUACGCGCAAGGAACACCCCAGACAGGAAAAGGAAAAAGAAAAGGACGCAGUCUUUCAUCACCCCUGAAAUCGUUGAUUGCCCGGCAUUUCAAUCAAGAUUUAGAUUUCAUUUCCUACUCUCUCUAUCCUAUUGGGUUGCUCUCUUGGAUUCAAUCAAAGUGAAAAGGGUUUUUUCCUGGAAUUCUAUGAGGAAGUUGUGUCCUAAUUAUGACAGGGAACAUGCACUUGACACCGUCUUGGAGGUGCCUAUACCUGAAGAGAUGUUCACAAAAAUGGGCAACAGUUCAGCUUCUCGUUGGCAAAACAUGCGCGCAUUGAUGAGAGCUCAGGCUGCUGCUGAUAAAUCAACCCAUCUCCAAUCUAAAUCAGAUAGUGAAUUUAUAGCAUUGCUUAAGCUUGUUGGCUCUCCUCUUGUCCCUUUUCAGGUGAACCCUGACCAGCCUCUCACUCGUCCUCUUAAAGAUUGUAACAUUGAAGCCUCUACCGCGAAAUACAUAGUACAACAAUAUAUAGCAGCAAUUGGAGGAUCGUUGGCACUGAAUUCAGUGAAAAGCAUGUAUGCAGUAGGGCAGGUGAAGAUGACUGCAUCAGAAAUGCACCAAGGUGAUGGCAGUGUGCACCCAGGAGGAAAGUACGAGGUUGGAGGGUUUGUGCUAUGGCAAAAAAACCCUGAUUUAUGGUACCUAGAACUAGUUGUUUCGGGUUACAAGGUCAGUGCAGGCAGUGAUGGCAAGGUUGCUUGGAACCAAUCCUCGUCUCAGGCUUCUCAUGCUAAUAGAGGUCCUCCAAGACCCUUGCGGCGGUUCUUCCAGGGAUUGGAUCCAAGGUGCACUGCCAACUUGUUCUUAGAAGCAGUAGGCGUUGCAGAGAAGGCAGUGAACAAUGAAGACUGCUUUGUACUCAAGCUCGAGACCGAUUCAAACACCCUUAAAGCUCAAAGUUCAUCCAAUACAGAAAUCGUACACCAUACAAUAUGGGGCUACUUCAGCCAAAGAACAGGACUGCUUGUCAAAUUCGAGGACACGAAACUAGUGAAGAUGAAACCGAUUAAAGGAAAUGAUAAUGUGUUUUGGGAGACAAGUAUAGAGUCAGUGAUCGGAGAUUACAGAUACAUUGAAGGCAUCAAUAUAGCACAUAGUGGAAAGACCAUCGCAACACUUUACAGAUAUGGAGCAUCACAUAAUCAUAAGAGGAAAAUAGAGGAAACAUGGAUGAUUGAAGAAGUUGAUUUUAACAUAUGUGGGUUGUCGAUGGAUUGCUUUUUACCUCCUGCUGAUCUUAAGAGAGAACAAGAAGGUGGAGAGCUGUGACCAUACAAUUUAUUCGAGUUACGGGAACAAAAAUGUGACUCAAAGGAAAUUCCCUGUAUAUAUAGGUGAGUUGGAAGCUGAGAAGUUUUCUUAUAAAGGGUAUGAGUGUAGGAAGUGAGAAAUAUUUUAUUCUUUAAAUAUACAGAACCAUUCAUUGAAAAAAGAAGACGACCCAACAAAUUAAUCUCCGAAAUAUCUUUUUCAUUCCAUCAAAUUAAAG